UCGUGGGACAUACCACUUCCCCAAAACUUGUUAUCAUAAAGAACGUGAACAUCGUACAUCGUUUAAAUUUCAAUUCUACAAUAACAAAAGAAGCUGAAGUUAUUUUACGUAACGAGUGAGGAGAAGGAAAGAUUCGACAAAAAUAAUCCUUUCACAUGGAUACUUGACGCUGAUUCGACAACAGCAUCGGAUCUCGGCAGUUUGAAUCUACCAACUCAGCAAGAAGGGGUCAAAUCGGAUAAAGUAAUGAAUCCGUCCCAGCCGAACCCCGUAGUCCCCGCUUCGCCAACGAACGAUGGCGUCAGCAAUUGCGGAACGCUCGAUAAGAGCGAAUGUAGCAAAAAACAUGAAGGAAAGGAGAAAGCAUCAAAAGAUUCCAAUGAUGGCGUUUCAGCAAAACAAAGAAAUCUAGGAAUGAUAGACUCUCUUGUUGGUGCAACCUAUCAGCAAAAGCUGUCUAUACCGAUCGUAUGUCGAGUUGCUACGCUGAUUCGAGAAGAUAAGCAGUUAAACUUCACAAUAACCAACGACGAUGAAGAAGGUGGAUUGUUUGACGACAUCGUAUUUAAAUCCGACGAUGGAGACCUUUUCAUCCAAGCUAAGCACAAGGAAGAUAAGAACUACACCAUCACAUGGGACGACCUUACAUCGACGGAUAAAAAAGCGCCGUUUGCGAUUCGUAAGUACCUGAAAUCGUAUUUAGAGAAAGGGUGGGUUGAGAGAGAAAAGCCGCCCACAUUAGUACUUUGUACUAACAUUGAACUACACGAAGAUGUCAAAACUUCCGUUAAAGAAUACCCUUUUGGCACAAAUAUCGUUGAUUCUAUUCUCAAGUCUAUCACUAAUGAUGCCUAUAAAAUUGAUUUGAACAUCUUGAAAGUCGAAACCAAAAACAAAUUAUUAGACUACUUAAAACAAAAUUCCGAAUUAGGUACCCUCGCAAAGUUGAUUGCACAGCAUAUUUUCUCGAAAAAAAAUGUAGAUUUUCGCAACGAUUCUGUUCAAACAAAAUACCGAUCUAUCAUAGAAAACAAGAUUGCCACAAAGAAAAGUAAAGGCCCCGAAUGUUACGAAGUAUAUGCAGAGUUUUUCAAUGGAAAUAUGGAAUUUAAAAGACUUUUUGAAGUCGAAUAUAAACUACAACUCAUUUGGGAUGAUAUAAAAGAGAAAGGCAUUAAACUUGAAAAGGCUAAACCAACAGAGUCUCAGCGCAGAGAGGACGAGAACAAUCCAAAACGAAUAUGCAAUUCGGAUUCAGCUGAUCUCACAAAAAAGUUAGCCCAACAUAUUUACUUCGAGAAAGAUAUUGAUUUUCAGAUUCCUGUAUUCCAUAAAUACCGAUAUGUCAUAGAACAGUUUAUUGCCACAGACAAUAAAAAUCCCAAAGGUGGUUACGUAGUCGAUGCAAAAACUUUCGAUAAAGUAGAUUGUAACGAUUUCAAAAUGUUGUUUGAUAUAGAGUAUCAAAAACUGCUUAACACUCUAAAGGUUUGGGAAGAUGUUCAAAACAAAGGCAUACGUCUCAAGAAAGAAAAUAAAAAAAACAAAAGUGGCAAAAAAGAAUUAUCAAUCCAAAUAGAAGACGAUCACAUCGAAUUACCAAAACAAAUAGAAGAUCGUCAAAUCGAGAAGUUUUUUAAAUCAUUUAUGAUAGUAUGCAAUACUAAACACGAGGAAGACCAAGUCGUUGCCAGUAUUCGUGAAAGCGAAGUGUUACCCGAAGACAUAAAAGAUCCACUCUCUUUGACGUUAACAUUCAACAAACUUGGGAUGUGGAUAUUGGAGAGGAUGAAAGACAAACGCAAGAAGCCUAUAGAAAGACAGGAUAUAGAUGAAUUGUUCAAGUAUAUUGAAUUAUUGUCUCAGUUCUCGCAAUGGAAAGGAAGUCUGGAAAGAUUUUAA